GCAGCAGUUCCUGCUAAGGGCAGGGGUGGGGGCAUCAGGUGGGAGGGACUCAGACUGUGGGUCUUUCUUCCAGUAAGCAAGGUAUACAUGGACUUUAACGAUAUGGUGAAAAAGCAGAUGAAAUGUUGCACUACAGAUCAGUAAUUAAGCACAAUUAAGCCCCUGCAUUCCUUGCUUACUAUCAGCCGGUGCAUACCAUGCUUACUGGUUAGUCUGCCUCUGUCCCCAGGAUUUAUUGAUGCUCACAAAGGAUCAGGGACGGGAGGAGCCCUGUAGUAAAGGAACACUUAUCUCCCCAGGGUGUAGGCCUUGGGUGUGCUGCAUCUGCAGUAUCAUUCUGCUACUUCUGGGACAGGUACAAAGUCUUGGGUGGAAGUGGGAGCUGCCCCACGGCAGCCUGGGCUCCUCUCUGGCCCUGGCCCAGCAUCACUAUGUCCUUGGAAUGGGUUUCAGGAAGAGUGGAGGUUUUGCCCAAGUCCAGGGUCCCAGAGUAUAGCCCUCAGCGCACUGGGAGGAGAAGUGCAGCCACCUGAGCUCAGUCUUGGGGCUAGGUGCUAUAGGACCUUCCACAGACCUGCAGGAGUGCAGCCAGGGUGAGGGGCUGGUCCACAACGAUCUGAGUUCAAAUCCCAGCUCUACCACUUCCUAGCUGUGUGACCUUGUCAACUUAUUUUACUUCUCUGAGCUUCAGUUUCCCCCUAUGUAGCACGAAGAUGAUAGUUCCAAUUAGGGCUGUUGUGAGGAUUAGCACACUGCUUGCAUGUGUUGUUGUCAUUGGCUGCCUUCGAGUUGACCCCUGAUUCAUGGCAACCCCAUGCACAACGGGAUUGAAUCGUUGUGAUCCGUGGGGUUUGAACCACCACUAUCCCCUUACUUGUUAACCAUAAUAUUGUACAAUCCUUACUGCCACCUCCAUUAUCAUUAUCACUAUCAUCUCCUUAAAUGUUAUUUGACAACUGAGGGAGGCAGAGGCCAGAAGACAGACUAGGCUGACCCCGUGUGGUUAUCUCAGGAGUGAGGGAUGGGGCCAGAGGCUUCUCCCUGGAGAAGGAGGUGGGUGAAGUGGAUAGGUCCCAUCAGAUGAGGAAGGUCAGCAGCAUCCUGAGAGGGUCCAUGGGAAUGUGGGGGUACGGGGGUGGGAAGGAGGCUGAGUUCUCCCUACUGGCCCAGCCUGUUUACUAUGGCUGUUAGUUGCCGUCGUUCGUUCUCUGAGCCUUCAACCUUCCCCACCUUAGUGUGGCAUUUGGGUAGCUAGUUUCAGCUAGGUUACUUUCCUAACAGAAGGAGCCCUGGUGGCACAAUUGUUAGGUGCUUGGCUGCUAACCAACAGGUUGGUGGUUUGAACCUACCUGGUGGCUCCAUAGGAGAAAGACCCGGUGAUCUGCCCUAGUAAAGAUUCCAAACCAAAACCAAACCUGUUGCCAUCAAGUUGGUUCCGACUCAUAGCGGCCCCCUAGAAAACCCUAUGGGGCAAUUGUACUCUGUCACGUGGAGUCACUAUGAAUCAAAAAUUGACAGUACCUAACAACAACAGCACUUUUCUAAUAUUCCUUGCACAGCCACAGCCUUUGCCUGCUGGUACUUGGUUGAUAUCCACCUGUACUCCAUUUUUCUAUUCCAAAAUCACUGAAUUUCAUGGCCCUGUAUGCCUCGUUUUAUACCAUUCUCUGGCCCAGACUCACCUAGAAUGUGUCAGCCUCUCCUGGUCGUUCCCUGGGUAAAAGGGGAAAGAAGGGACUCUGAUCUCUGGCCUCAUCUAUCUCCGACCCAGCCAUCAUUCAGCUUAUCUAAAGGCCUGGGAGGUGGGGCACCUAGCCCCACCCAGGCUUCCACUAAGUGCUCAACCUGGAGAACUUUGGAUUUCCUUAUUAUAGCUUCCCGAGGCACAGUGGCCAGGAAUCGUGCAGAGAUCUGACGGAGGGGGAUUCUCACAACCUCCACUUUUGGUGAGUGGCUGAGGGGAGGCCAGGGAGCCCAGGGAGGAGGUGAGUAGGCCCUGAGAUGGGCCUGUGGGCCAUGGACACUGCCUUUUCAGACACCCAGAAGAAUUUCCGGUUUGGGAGUGAGUUGAGAGUCAGCCACCAUGAUUGGGGGCAGGGACACAGAAGUGACCAGUGGGGGGACAGGUGCCUGGGCCAGGCAGGGGGGAUUUAGAGGAAGGUAGCCAGAGGUAGGGUGGGGAAGUGGAGCCCAGGAGGAUUAUGAGGUGAGGCCCAGCACCAGGAGGGAAGCAAAGGAGCCUGAAGUAGGGGAAUAAGCUUUUAAGAGGGAGGAGUUGCAGUUGUCGGUAGAAGGGGAGGAGAGCAAGAAUGUUUUGGAGAUGUGAGAGCCACUGUGGUGGGGACAAAGAACUGCUGCAGAAUAAAAACAGAAAAGGACUGGCAGGGUUAGAUUGUUUGGGCUGUAGGCCUGUGGUGGGUCAGGUAGGGGUAGGGAAGAUAGAGAGGUCCAGGGGCCCGGAGUAGACCAGGAGAGGGGGAAGGAGAGAAUGAGGGGAGAUGUUCCUGGUGGCGCUUUGGGAUUCAUUUUAUCUUACCAAGGGCAAGGGGACCCUUCAGAAGGUGACCAGAAACUGAGGAGAAAGAACCUAUGGAGGCUACCCAGUGUGCUCAGUUCCAAGCUACUUUUGUACUCUGUCCUUUUUGUUUUGCUUCCUUCUGAGGUUAAUUUAUCACCAUCUCUUCGGGUAGGGUAGAACCCAUCCAACUGCCUUGGAGAAUACAGCUGGGGUAGGGCAGAGGGUAGGGGCCUGGCAAUCAGAGGCAAGGGGAAAUAACCAGGUGGGUUGGCAAUAGGAGGCCUGGCAGCCAUGUCCCUCAUCUCUUCCUGGUUCCUUCUUUCAUGCACAUUGCUGAGGGUCUGGCAGGGGGGUGGUGGGCCUUCCCACCCCUCAGGCCCCACUAAGCAAGGGAGUAACUGCUAUAGGAAAUGCAGAAAAUGGGCCUUAUUCUCCCUGCUUGGGGUGAUCGCCACAAUCUUUUCUCCAGAUGGGUUUCAUGAGGGUCAGAGGAGAGUGGAAUUUGUGAUGGCUACCCUUCCUUGGAAACCCUGGUGGCAUAGUGGUUAAGUGCUACGGCUGCUAACCAAAGCGUCAGCAGUUCGAAUCUACUAGGUGCUCCUUGGAAACUCUGUGGGGCAGUUCUGCUCUGUCCCAUAGGGUCGCUAAGAGUCGGAAUCGACGGCACUGGGUCUGGUCUGGCCUGGACCCUUCCUUAGUAUGUUUUGACCGCCUCAUCUUCUGGAAGCAGGAAAGGUGAAUCAUCUCAGGUCCUGAUUUUCCUGGGACCUUUGGCUCUUCCUUGACCGCAGGCAGUCAAAAGUGGAAGAUUUAAAAAUCCUGAGUCCAUAUCACUCCCCCAAUUGAAAUUCACUUCCUUUGCCCAGUUGAUCCAGGCACAAUGCCCAGCAUAUUUGAGGAAAUCACAAAAACUGUGGUCCGAGAGCUGGACUCUGGAGGGAAUACGAUUGCUGUCAGAAGUGCCAUUGAUGCUGACAGAUUCCACUGCUUUUAUCUGGUGAGAGAAAAGCAAAGUUUCUUUGGAUCCCGGUACUGCAAGACAGACCUCACCCUGAAGGACAUUCUGGAGAGUGAAAAUGGUGAAAGGCCGAUUGAUGAGGUGGAUUCUGUGUCCCCAGGUCAAAAGGCUGAGUUCCGAAUUUCAGAUGAUGUGGACUCAAAGGGAGAGUUUUCAGUGAAAUUACCCAAAACAAUAACAAGUAGAGGGAUGGCUGGGUGGUCCCAGGGAACCCAGGGGCAGGAAAUCAAGAUAUUGGUGAACCGGAUACCCCAGCAAUAUCUGGAUUCCCUUGUGGACAGGAAGCUGAAGAAGAAACUACCCCGUAUUUUUGAAUUAGUUCAAGCAAGGGGAGAACACCUGUAUCUGGUAACGGAAGCUCUGGUGACGGUAAAUGAGGAAACCCUGAGACGUGAGCGGCAGUUUGAAUUUAAUAGCUGGAUGGAUUGGAACAUCUUCGGUUUUGCGUACAAGGUGUCUGAGGUCCUGGUCUCCGGUGAGCUGCAGAUGGAGAACCCAGCAGGUCCUCUCAUAAGCAGCCUUUUUAAUGCUGCUGGGAUCUUGGUAGAGGCACGUGCAGACGCCAUUCAGGCCCUCCUGGAUGCCUUGAUGGAGUUGUCAGAAGAGUAUCAGCAGUUUGUGUUUGAGGCCCUGGAGAAGGGAAUGCUGCCCCAGUUGGUGGAAGAGGUGGAGAGUACGCUGGAGAAGAAAUGGGAUGAGCGAUACAGCAAUCCCCAUGACAUGGACUCUGACUCUGAGGCACAGUCCCUCUAUGCCCUCUAUGUUGCCCUGUCCAUCCUGCUGCAGCUGUGUGAGAAGCCUACCUCUGCCUCCUCCUAACUACAUAAGCCCUUUAGCCAUGUCCCACUAGUCUCUGGGUUUGCUCACUCCCCAGUCCAGCCUCACCACCACCACCACCCUGUCACCAGCAUGAUCUCUUUAAAACAAGAAUCUUGCCAUCUUUUGAUGCAUCCCAUUCCCUACAUGAUAAUGUCCAAAAUCAGCCUGGAUUUUAUGCGUGGACUUCUGAUUAAAAGUGGCAGAUUGAUCAUAUGAAUUUCCUCUCCCUUAAAAUGACAGUAAAGCAAUUAAAAAAAAAAAGGUAUAAACCUACAAGGAUAAAAAGAAUGAGGCAGCAGAUAAGAGAUUUCAACACAUCUUUCAAAGCUAGAAAGCAAUUAAAGGCGGUGUGGGGCUAAGCGGUGGGGAAAAGUGAGGGAGGAGACUGCUGGUUUACGUCAUAAGCCUUUUAAUUCUAUUUGAUUUUUUAAAAAAAGGAAAUGUAAUUAAAAGUAAGAAAUGUAUGCUUGUUAGAAAGCAUUUCAAACAUUUCUCAAAAUUAAAGCAGAAGGUAAAAGUACUGUGACUUACCCUUCUCCCUCAGUAUUACCACUGUUAACACUGUGAGGUAAGUUAACAUUUUUCCUCUUUUUAAGAAAACUAAGCUAGGAUAAAGUAACAUAAAAUGGUUUUGUAUCUUCUGAACUAGGGUUUUCUUUUCUUUUUUUAAUUUUUAUUGUGCUUUAAGUAGCACAAUAAAAAUAAGUGAAAGUUUACAAAUCAAGUCAGUCUCUCAUACAAAACCUUAUAUACACCUUGCUACAUACUCCUAGUUGCUCUCCCCCAAUGAGACAGCACACUUCUCUCCACCCUGUGUUUCCGUGUUAGGGUUUUCUUUUAAAAAAUAUUCCAUGCAACAGGAACUCUGAUAUAGUAUUGUUGAAGUGUAUAUUGAUCAACCACUUUGGAAAACUGACUGACCGAAUCUACUAAAUCUAAACAUAUGCCUAUGAUCCAGCAACUCUAUUGUUAGGUAUAUAUCCAAGAAAAAUGAGUGCAUGUAUUCACCAAAAGUCAUGCAUGUAAAAAUGUAACAGGAGCUUUAAUCUUAACAGCCCCAAACUGAAACUAUUCAACUGUCCAAUAACAUUAAGAUAAAUACACACAUUGUGGUAUAUUCAUGCACCAAUAUACAACACAACAAUAAAAGGGCAUAAAUUACUGCUACACACAACAAUGGAUGACUCUUAAGACAUAAUGCUGGGCCAAUGAAGCAGACACGAAAGAACGUGUUAAUGUUUGGGUCCUUUGAGAAGCAGAUGCCAAGAUGAGAUUAGAUGUACAGAGACUUAUUGGGGGAAAGGUGUGUGAAAAAUAAAGCAGGAGUAGGGGCAGAUUAUCCAAUAGGCAAUGUAAGCAUAGUGCUUACCUUGCUUACUAGAUCAUUUGUAGUGAACAAUUUUACAUUUUUUCACAGGAAAGAUUCUGCUUCUAGGUAUGGCUCCAUCUGUCUCUCUCCCAACCGUACAACACCUUCCUACAGAAUCCAAGACUCUUUUCAAAUUUACAAUCCCUGACAGGGACAGAUUACCCAGUAAACAAGGUAAGCAUGGGCUUACUUGUGCUUACUUACUAAUCCGAAGUGCACAACUUCACAUUUUCACCACAAAUUGUUCACUACAGAUGAGUAAGUAAACACAAGUAAGCCCGUGCUUACCUUGCUUAUUGGGUAAUCUGCCCCUGAGCAGUGGGUAUCAGUAGGCAGGGAGAACCUUCAAACCAGGAUGCAGGUGUGAAGCCUGUGAAAGAAAGAAGGGAAGCAUGGAGUACGAAGAGCCGCAGACUGCAGUGCAAUUCUAAGCAAGUCUCAGCCAAGCUGAUAGGGGAGACUCCAAGCAAAGAUUGUCUACUGGAGGAGUACCCAUCAGGCGGGUAUGGCCAGGCUCUAUUAUCCUCUGCCACGCUCAGCCUUUGGUUGGGAGAAAGCCUGGGGAAGCUUGGUCUUGGGAAGUAAGAUUUAAAGGGGUGGCAGCUGGAGGUUCUCAGUCAACUAUGCUCCUUGCAGCAGGUUCUCUUAAAGAAGAUCUGAGCAGUGCCCUUGAUGGCUAUCACGAUACUGCAUGAAGCCAUGUAGAUGAAGUUCAAGAACAAGCAAAACUAUGCAACGAUGGUAGAAUUAAAAAAUAGUGGUUAUCUUAAUGGGGACAGUAUCAGUUGGGAAGGGGCAUGAGGGAAUCUUCUGGGAUGUUGGAAAUGUUCUAUACCUUGUUGUAGGUGGUGGUUACAGGGUAUUCAUAUAUAUAUGUGUGUGCGUGUAUAUAUACACACACAUACACGUGUGUAAAUAUUCAUUGAGCUAACACUUAAGAUCAGUGUAUAUAUCAGUAUAUCAUACCUCAAUCGAAAAGUUUUUAAAAAGUACACACUGUAUGGUUUCAUGUAAACAAAAUGAAAAAGAGGCAAAAGGAAAGGAUAGUGGCAGAACCCAGAAUAGUGGUUAAUCAGUGGAGGCAGUAUUGCCUGGGGAGGGGCAAGAUAUAGUCUUCCGGGGUACUGGAAAUAUUUUAUAUCUUGAUCUGGGAAGUGAUUACAUGGAUAUUUACAUGUGUAAAAAGGCAUUGAACUGUACACUUAAGAUCAAUGCACUUUAUUUUUACCUAAAAAAUUUUAAUUUAAAACCAUAACAUACGCAUGAAAACAUAUUUGAACAAUACAGAAGAAUAUUUAAAAAAAAGUAAAAGUCUCCUCUCAAACUUCUCCACCCCAUAACCUAGUCCCGCUUUCCUGAGACAGCCAGAUUAACACUGUUUAAUAAUUUUUCUGCUUGUUAUUAUAAGAAAAAAUGAUAGUCUUAUAUCUGGUUAUCAAUUUUUUAACUUUAGGUAUUAUCUGUUGACUCUGCAACAUGAAAGAUGAAUACUGAGUUCAAAGUGGAAAGAGUGUUAUAAGAGAACAAUUCAGGGUAAUAUGAAAGUGUUUAAUAAAAGGUUAACAGGAAAAAAGAAUAGAUGAAUAAACUAUUUACUUAAAAAAUAAAAAGGGUAACGGGGUGGUGCCCUCUUACCUCUGCCACCACCCUCUCCUCUCUUCCUUAAACUCUGACUCCAGCUGCACCAAACUAUUUGUAUUCUAUAUGAACAUGCCAUGUACUUUUACAACUACAUGCCUUUAUACAGGCGGCACUCUCCCUCUGUCUGGAUUACCUUCCCCCAC